AUGAUUUAUAAAUUUACUUAUCCUUAAAUAAAUGAAAGAAAUACUGCUGAAUAUAAAACUUUAAUAGUAAUUGGAGAAUCUGGUAGUGGCAAAACAAGUUUUCUUAAUUUUUUGUGCAAUUAUUAUUUAGGAGUAAAAUCGGAAGAUAAUUUCAGAUUUCUGUUAAUUAAAGAAAAUCUUUAUGGUAAGAGUUAAGCUAUGAGUUAAACUUAAGAUAUAAAUAUUUAUUAUUUGAGACCUUAUGAUAAAUUGGUUGGUUUAAAGAUAAUUGAUACUCCAGGAUUUGGUGAUUCAAGAGGUAUAGAAUAGGACAUGAAGAUUGCGUAGCAAAUAAAAGAAUUAUUUUAAAAGAAAGUGGAAACAGUUACAGCGAUAUGUUUUGUAGUUAAAGCAAGUUAAUCAAGAUCAACGAUAAGCUAAAAUUAUAUUUUAAAUUAGAUGAAAUAAUAUUUUGGAUUAGAUGUUAAAUAAAAUAUUAUUUUUAUAUUUCCAUUUAGCACAGCAGAAAACCCUUUAGCAAUAGAAUCUUUAAGAUUUUAAGGAAAUGAAUCAUAAAUGGCUAAUGAAGUUAGUGAGCUUGUAAAUGAAUUUAUAGAUAAAUCGAUGAAAACUAAGGAUGAGUGGUUUUUUAAAGUUGAUAAUAAAGCAAUAUUAUAUAAUUUCAAUAGUUCUAAUGAGCAAGAGUGUUAAUUCUAUAAAUUUCUGUGGGAUAUGUCAUAUUCAUCUUUUCAAAAAUUAAUUGAGAAUAAAUUAUUAAGAAUCAAGGAUAAUAGCUUGUAAUUGACUAAAGCAGUAAUUGCAAAAAGAGACAAUUUGGUUUUAUAAGUUUAGGCUUAUAAAUAAAAGUUAAACAAAAAUGUAGAAUUAUAAAAAGCUAUUUAUGAUGAAAUAGAAAAAAUAGAAAAAUGGGACGAGAAAAUAAGCAAUGCAAAAAAUAACAUUCAAUUUUAUAAGGAAAAAAAAGUCAAGGUUCCUAUUUCUAAAGACGAAUCAGUAACAAAUUGCAACAUUUGUGAAAAUACGUGCCAUUAUAUUUGUUUUAUUGAUGGAAAUAAUAAGUUGUAUUGCGAAGCAAUGGAUGAUUUUUAUAAUUGUACUAUUUGUGAAAAAAAAUGUCAUUAUACUGCACAUUAGAAUGAUAGAUUUAGAUAUGAAAUUAAUUUAGAAGCAGAUGAAAUUGAAGUAGAAAAAUAUCAAAAAAAAUGCCAGGAUAAAAAAUUAAGUAAAUAGCAAAUUUUAAAGGAUAUAGAAGAACAAUAGAAGUAAAAUUCUGUUUAAUUUUUGUAAAAUGCUCAAAAAAUAUUUGAAAUUUAUAAUGAAUUAAGAACAAUUGCAUUAGCUCCUAGUCACUAUGAAAAUCAAGCCUAAAUAGUAGAGGAAAUGAUAUAGUAAGAGUUAUCAGAAUAAAACGAUGGUUAUGUAAAACGAGUUGCAAUUUUAAGAUAAUUAAAAGAAUAAUUGGAAGAUAUUCAAGAAGUUAGUUCAAAAAGUAAAAGUAUAGCAAAUGAGGAGUAAUAAGGAAAAAAGGAUUAAUUGGAAGAUUUACUAAAACCGUCAUAGUCCCUUACUUCGACCAACAGAUCAAGAUCAGUAGCACCAACUAAAAGGAGUUGA